AUGACGUCUUGAGAAAGCAACGGUGGCGAUGCGGCUUCUCCAAAAUCAUAACACCAGUGUGAUCGGCGGGUAAAUGUAUAUCAAAUACGUCAUUUCAAAUUCCCAAUUUCGAGAAAGGACCUCCGAACGGAAACCCUAGAUUGAGGCAAGGGGGAAAGAAAUGGGACGUGAUCAUCAUCGUAAUCAAGCGGCCGACGGUCUGGUGCUUCUGUUGAUGAAAGCUCACCAUGAUCUCGCAGCGGUUCAGUCCAAGCUCGAGAAGGAAUUUCAACAGACUUACCCAGACAAUGCAAAUCCUGUAAAGCUGGUUAAUAGGAUAAAGAAGAUACAGGAGGAGGUUUCAGGGCUAAAGGAGCAGUGCGGCGAGCUUCUUGCUGCAAAACAGGUGACUUGCUCUACUUCAUCCUGUCAAUUGGGAUUUCCCCACCAUAAGCGAAGCCACCAAAAUGCUAGCGCAUUGGAGACUAGUAAUGAUGGUGCACUUACUGAGUAUUGCGAAUAUGGUUGGUUCUUCGGGCUAUUUCUGCAGGAGUUGGUUGAUAAAGCACGCACGGUUCUUUUGGGGAACAACAAUGUAAUACAAAGGAUGCAAGUAUCAACUGGCAUUUCUCCAACUACUGUUGAUGAGGAUCCUGCAUUUGCUGACUUCAAUCAGGUCAUUGAUGAGUGGAGUACACAAGUCCGAUCAGGAACUGGAAACGAUGGAGAUGAUUCUGAAGGCCAGGACAUAAACCAAUUGCUCUUCUCUACCAUUGUGCAAAGCAACGACUAAGUACAGACGUCGGUAGCAAAGACCUGGGCAGCCGAAGAUGGGAUUUCCCAGAACCUAUCUAAAAUUGUAGUAUCCAAAGUUUGAUUUGGUGGUACAGUCAGUAUUUACGUCAGAGUUGUAUUAACAAUGCCUCCUGUUACAGUUAAAAGUGGAUUAUGAAAUGCAAAUCAAUUUGUGCUAAUACAAACUUGAUCCCCAGGCUGGCUCUUUGCAUAGUAAGGUCCUUGAAUACAUUUUCUUGGCUAGCUAAAACAGCAAAUGAGCUAACUCGAAGAGUUGCCAAGUUAAACAUUUGUUCAG